AUGAUCUGGCAAUAUUCCAACGCCUUAGCCUCUAUUAACAAUUGGCCCGGCUCAUUUCCCUUGGGUGGAUUGGAGCGUUUUCUCAGGCUGCCUACAGAAGGAGAUUCCCAAGAUACUCCAUUUUCCAGCUGGUUUAUCUUGGCGACGGUCGUCAUCUUCUACGCACUGAUCCAGGACUUCCGAUUCCUGGCUCAGAAGAAGGUGAAUGCUGAUCAAAACUCCGAUGCCAAUACGAACACCAAUGGUGAGCUUCAGCACAGCGAAAUCUCGUGCACGUCAAACUGA